GCCGAUGACACUAUGUCUGCGAAAUUCUCCGGUCUGGUCUGGUUUAAUUUGGUCAGUCGAAUCCCUAUCCCACAACAUAAUGUUGACCACCACGGCUGGAUCAUGAACUGAUCAUCACAACAGGGGCAUAUUUAUCAUCAAGUCACCCCGUUCAUCCCUAUUCAGUAUUCUUUCUCUGUCCUUGUCUUUCAUUGAGGCCAGAACUAGCCUUUUACAGGAUCAUUCUGAACCGUCCUUCACCAUGGGUCCCAGAAAGCCUGCCAAAGCGACUAGUCGUCAAGCACCGCCUGUCAUAUCCGGACGGAUUACGCGGUCAAAGACAUCUCCACGUACAGGGGGAGUUCAGAGACGUACUCCGAGUGUUGAGGGUCGAAGUCGAAGUCGAAGUCAAGAGACUAGUCCUGCCACAGUUGAAGGCCAACCCCCAGCUUGGGCAAUGUCUCGGCCGGAACUAUGUGAUGCGCUUCCUUGGUUUCGCGCGGUUCAGGGAGGUGUAUACCAUAGUGGCAACUUGUGCUUGGGGUUCCUGAUUGAUGCGGACUUUGGGAUUGGGUCCUAUGCGGACGAGGAAAUUAUUAUCACCAGAGCUGACAGUGGUGGAGGGUGUACUAAGGAUGCGGAGGGGAAUCUGGUCCUGCUCAAGGAUCAAGAUGAUGAUUCUUCUGCUAUCAGCAGUAUUGCAAAUAGUAUGAAGUUGAGGGUUCCGGUGGGUUUGAUUAUAGGGGACCGUAACACCCUCCUUGAUAGGAAGCCCCCGCAUCGGUAUAAUGUGAUGGCGUACUUCCGGAUUACCCAUCUUUGGUACGAGAAGAUUGGUAGGAAGACAGGCGCAAAAGUCCGGUUCCAGAAGUUGGAUUUGUCACAGAAAAGCUGGUGGGCGACCAAGGAUCCCCCAUUGCUUGAGGAACGGGACUUUGACCUCCAGCCAGCACAGGCCUGUUGUGCAGCCUGUGGCCGAGCGAGCCCUCAGGUGUACGAAGAGGGUUGGAUGUGCCUUCGGCCAUCAUGCGACAGGUUCUGGACUAAUGAGAACGCAUCGACUCCUUCGCAAAACCUCAGCUUUCAUCCAGACUUCCUCAGAGCGCGUCUCCCUCCCGACCUGUCCAUACAGCCUCACUAUAGCCUUGUACCCGACCUGCUGUCAACCUUCACAGAAUCCGAUGGAGACGUUCUGUCCAGGCGUAUUGCAUGGAAAGGAAUUGUAUGUCCUCAGUGCGCUCGGUGCAUCUCACGAACGUUUUGGUGGGGCUGGAAAUGUGCAGAUAUCAGCUUUCCUCCAGGCGUCUCUCAUGAAUGCACCUUUGAGAAGAUGUUGGGCAUGCGACCUGUGUCGCUCCGGUCGGUUAUCGAAGAAUUGGAAAUGAGUCCAAUCAAACGGGCUCUCAGCUUUGAUCCGAAGUUCAUGGUGCCAGAGAUCGAUGACCGGACCUUGUACCCAUAUCGAAAGCUGACCUAUGAGAUCCCCGGGGUGGGCAGCAUCACCCAUCUGGUUUCCAACCGUGCGAUCAACACCCGCCCUAAUGGGCCCGAUGACCUCUUCAAGCAACUGCAGGUCGCGGAUCUUGGGUUACGGCGCUACCCUCUAGAGCGGAGCGUAGUUGGUGGGACCCUUACUGCCCACUUCGCCGUCAACUAUGGAAUGCCCUACAAGUACGUCGUCUCCGUAGCAACCAAGGGGUUUGAUGAAGCUUGCGAUGAGAUUCUGCGUGCAUUGGGUCGGUUAACGUGGGCAACGGAGCAGGCCGUAACUAAUGCCGGCGACUGCUUUCUCCCACCCAACGAAUUACUGGUCCUGGGUUAUUUCGAGGAUAUGAAGAUCAGGUAUCAUGAUGACGGAGAGUCAUCGCUCGGUCCCACCGUCGCCACACUUUCGCUGGGUGCAAAGUCCACGAUGCUCAUCCGUAUGAAGUACAAGUACUAUCAUGGUUAUAGCAAAUCAAAAAAGGUCCUGUCCGAAGACCCGGUGCUUGAAGGGUGCGAGGACUAUGCUAGACGCCAGGAUCUCAAGAGUCAGCUCACGGACGGCAGCAUAAACCAAACCACGGAUGACGAACUCCGCUCGGGGCCCUUGACGAAGGGCAGAGGCGGAGAAGCAUCGCCAUGUAUCAAAAUGGAACUCAACCAUGGAGACCUGGUCGUAAUGCAUGGCAAGGAUCUGCAAAAGUACUAUGAGCAUUCAGUCAUCCCAGAAAAAAGACUGCGGUUUGCCUUGACCGCUCGUCACGUCAAACCCGAGCAACUGGAUGCGACAGAGCUAGAGAAAGGGCAGUUCUCACUGCUCCAGGAUCAGGUUUAUGACGGGAAGUAGACGAAUCAUUGUUCCACUGAGAUUAUUUUGACCCCCAGACACGAGGUGUUCGAGGAUCAGGGUAGUCGUGUGGAACCCCUUCAUCACCGGUGUGGUAUAUAGUUGCUCGAUGCACCAU